CGCUAUAACUAAUUCUCUUUUUUAAACAAGUUAGCAUUCACGAGACACCCUUGAAACUUUUCUGCCUCUGAAUUCUUCUUUAUGCCGCUAAACAACCUAAUCUUACUAGGAAAAACCGUGAAAAAAAUCCUUCUUCUUCUUUCAAAUGCUAGCAAUUUCAUUUUCAAUUUUUCAUUACACCCCUUAGCAUUUGGCUACAAGCAAUGAAAUCCCAACAUGCUUCUCUGUUGUUUCUGCUUGACAGUUAAAUGCUGUUGAGAAUUUUUAUUUUUAUCCAUCACAAUUCACAACUUUGAUACACCAAGUUAUCAUAGUUUUUAUUUUAUUUUAUAUUAUUGGUAAGAAUAAAAAACAAGUAUUCUGAGAGUUUACAACAAUUUACUGCUCAAUCAAUCGAACUAGACCCCUAGAUACGAAGUUAUCAUAGUUUGAAAUGAAGUAAACCGUGGCCUAGUUAAGUAAGAAUGACUUUCAAAGGGUCUUGAUUGAAUAUACAUACUCAUCAAGAUGGUUUAAUGAAAACCCACAAACACUCUUCAUUCUUAGUUGGAGCUCAUGUUUCAAAAUCAACUCUCAUGAUGAAAGUUUCCUAUGACUGUAUGUUUUGAAAAGCAUCACAUCAUAGCAAAGUGCAAAGGUUUCACAAUCACAAACUUGUUUUCUAGGUUCAAUGGCGGGGUCAUGUUUCCACGGGCUUAGGCUAAGGAUGUCUAAGAGUAAAGCUUUACCAGACCCUUCAUCUUCCUCCAAGACCCAGUUGGAGAGUGACGCGGAGAACGUAGAAAGGAAGAGAUUUGAUAGCAUGGAAUCGUGGUCAUUGAUAUUCGACUCAAUGGAGACAUGGGAGACUUCAAAGGAGGACCAGGAGGGAGAAAAAGAGGAAUGGGCUGCAGACCUGUCUCAGCUUUUUAUAGGUAGCAAGUUUGCUUCUGGAGCUCACAGCCGAAUUUACCGUGGAAUCUACAAGCAGAGAGCUGUUGCUGUGAAAAUGGUGAAGAUUCCAUCCCAGGAUGAGGAGAAAAAGGCCUUACUAGAGGAGCAAUUUAACUUUGAAGUGGCUUUGCUUUCACGUCUCAUUCAUCACAACAUAGUGCAGUUUAUUGCAGCAUGUAAAAAACCGCCCGUGUACUGUAUCAUAACAGAAUACAUGUCACAAGGGACUCUGAGGAUGUAUCUAAACAAGAAAGAGCCGUACUCACUCUCAACGGAAACAAUACUAAGGUUAGCUCUAGAUAUAUCAAGGGGCAUGGAGUACCUUCAUUCACAAGGUGUGAUUCACAGAGACCUCAAGUCAAGCAAUUUGCUUCUCGAUGAUGACAUGAGGGUUAAGGUGGCGGAUUUUGGUACAUCUUGUCUUGAAACACGAUGCCGGAAAAGCAAAGGGAACUCUGGAACAUAUCGUUGGAUGGCACCGGAGAUGGUUAAGGAAAAACCUUAUACUCGCAAAGUUGACGUGUACAGUUUUGGUAUUGUGCUUUGGGAGCUCACAACUGCUCUACUUCCCUUCCAAGGAAUGACACCAGUGCAAGCUGCUUUUGCUGUGGCUGAGAAGAAUGAAAGGCCUCCUCUGCCAGCUAGUUGUCAACCAGCACUAGCACGUCUGAUAAAGCGAUGCUGGUCAGCAAACCCCUCGAAACGGCCAGAUUUCAGUGAUAUUGUGUCUACUUUGGAGAAGUACGAUGAGUGUGUGAAAGAGGGCCUAGCACUGAGUCAUCAUCAUUCAUCAGGCCUAGUCAGCAGAAAUGUUAUUAUUGAACGCAUAAAAGGCUGUGUAUCAAUGAGCUCCUCCAUACCUGUACAUGCUUGAUUCCCCCCUACAAGGUAUAUAUAUAUACAUAUUAUUGUCGUAAUCUACCAUAUGAUGCUCUUAUUACUUUAUAGAGUCCAUCAUAUAGUUUGUAGUUAUACACGCUUCUUGUUCUCUCAACUGUGUAUUAUGUAAUUGUACUUCAGGAAAAUGUCGAGUUUGGCUUUUUUUUUCUUUCUUUCUGUGGCAGUAAGAUGAGCUAUUAGGUUGACAAAUGAAAUCAAGAAUUGUAUCACUGAUGAACGUGUCAUACAACACAAUAAUAUGGUGAGUUUUGGAUCAGUCUA